AUGCUGAAGCUGUUGAUGAUCAGUGCACUGCUCAGUGGCGGCCUCCUGAUGGUGGAGUCUAAUAGUGACGUUGGCCCAGGCAAGUGGAAUCUGAUAGACAUAACUAAAUGCGAAGAGGCAUACCACAAGUUCAAGUUCGACAUCGAAAAAAAGAAGAUUAACCGGACACAUGAUGGUAUCGACGCGUACGUGACAUUGGAUGAAGAUUUCACCGAUCAAUUCGCUAUGCGCAUAGACAUAUGUAAAGAAGUUGAUGGUGGAUGCAAACAGUACCAGGUAAUUACGGACGAGAGCUUCGUGAAAUUCAUAUACAAAUAUGCCAAGAACAACGUGAGAACCUGUCUCGAAAUGGGUAAUAUCGAUCCACCAGAAUUUCCCAUACCAGCGGGUGAAUACGAUAUAAAAGAGUUUAUUUUCAACAACGAUGAGUUGCCGGCCGACGGUCCGUACGGCGAGUUUGCCGCCAGAGGUUAUAUGCUUAGAGGUUCCGAAGAGAUAGGCUGCAUUGAAGUUUAUGCGGAAUUUAGAAAGCAGGAAGACUGA